AUGAACAGGAUCCGGAUCCACGUGUUGCCCUCCAGCCGGGGGCGCCUGACGCCGGUGCCGAGGCCGCAGGAGCCUCUGGCUUGUGCCUUCAGCCACAGGCCCUGCUCCCAGCCCCGCCUGGAGGGCCAGGAGUUCUGCAUCAAGCACAUCCUGGAGGACAGGAGUGCCCCCUUCAAGCAGUGCAGCUACGUCUCCACCAAGAACGGGAGGAGGUGCCCCAACGCUGCCCCCAAGCCUGAGAAGAAGGAUGGGGCCUCGUUCUGCACCGAACACGCCCGCAGGAACGCGCUGCAGGCCCAGGUGAAGAAACCCAACCCUGGGCCUGUGAGUGAGACCCUGCUCUGCCAGCUUAGCUCUUAUGCCAAGACAGAAUUGGGUUCCCAAGCCCUGGAGAGCAGCCGCAGCGAAGCCAGCAGGAUCCUGGACGAGGACAGCUGGAGUGAUGGUGAGCAGGACCCUAUCACCGUGGAGCAGACGUGGCGAGGGGACCCGGACAGUGAGGCUGACAGCAUUGACAGUGACCAGGAGGAUCCUCUCAAGCAUGCUGGUGUCUACACAGCAGAGGAGGUGGCUUUGAUCAUGAGGGAGAAGCUGAUCAGGCUCCAGUCCCUCUACAUCGACCAGUUCAAGCGGCUCCAGCACCUCCUGAAGGAGAAGAAGCGGCGGUUCCUGCACAGCCGCAAGGCCGAGCACGAGGCCCUGGGCAACAGCCUCCUGACGGGCCCAGAGGGGCUGAUGUCCAAGGAAAGGGAGAACCUGAAGAGGCUGAAGUGCCUGCGGCGCUACCGGCAGCGCUUCGGCGCGGAGGCGCUUCUGCACCGGCAGCUGCGGGAGCGCAGGGUCCUGGCCACCGAGGGGGCUGCCCAGCAGGCUCACACCACCCGCUCCAGCCAGAGGUGUUUGGCCUUUGUGGACGACGUCCGGUGCUCCAACCCUUCCCUCCCCAUGACCAGACACUGCCUCACACACAUCUGCCAGGACACUAACCAGACCCUGUUUAAACCCUGCCAGGGCUCUGAGGAAGUUCCCUGCAACAAACCAGUCCCUGUCAGCCUGGCUGAGGAGCCCUGUUGCCCCCUCCACCUCCGCCUGCCCCCCCAGAUGUACGUCCCUGAGCAGGUCCUGCCUGGCCCAGAGGAGCUGGAAGCUGCUCCCACCGACCUGUACCUGAGUGCUGCUGAACUGCAGCCCACUGAGAGCCUGCCCCUGGAGUUCAGUGAUGACCUGGACGUGGUGGGGGAUGGGCUGCAGUGUCCCCCAUCCCCUCUGCUCUUCGACCCUUCCGUGGCCCUUGAUCAGUCCCUCAGGGACGUUGCUGAAGCCCCCAUAGACAUCCUGGCCCUGGAGGACCCUCCCCAACCU